CACUGGUCCUCCCCCUUCUCCUCCCCCUGCUCACUGCAGCCUCCCUCCUUCUCACUGUCGCUGCUGAGAUCGACGGUCGGUCGGGUCGUGGCUCAGUGAGCCCCUGCUGCAGGGAACAAGCAGGGGGACAUCCAGGGAGCCCAGGGCUGCUACGGGGAGCCCACCCUGCCCUGCCCUGAGAACCUCCCCUCCCAAAGUCGGGGACAGAGCAGGUGCAGAGGCACUGAAGCCGCUUCUUCCCCAGCCUCCUGAAUGAUGGCAGCCCAAUGUUCCCUAACCUCCAACCUGGCCCUCCUGGUGCUGCUGGGCACAGUGCAAGCAGGCCCUUUCUCUCCACGGUCCAAUGUGACACUCCCAGCCCCACGGCCCCCUCCCCAGCCUGGGGGCCGCACCGAGGAGCCAAGAAGGGGAAGCCCCUCUUCUCAGCUUUAUGAGCACACUGUCCAAGGAGGAGAGAAGCAGGUGGUGUUCACCCACCGCAUUAACCUGCCCCCUUCAUCUGGCUGUGGCUGUCCCCCGGGCACUGAGCCCCCGGUGCCUGCUUCAGAGGUGCAGGCCCUGAGGAUCCGGCUAGAGAUCCUGGAGGAGCUGGUGAAAGGGCUCAAGGAACAGUGCACUGGCGGAUGUUGUCCUGCUGCUGCCCAGGCUGGCACAGGCCAGACAGACGUUCGUAGCCUCUGCAGUCUCCAUGGCGUGUUUGACCUGAGCCGCUGCUCCUGCUCCUGUGAGCCGGGCUGGGGUGGGCCCACCUGCUCGGAUCCCACAGACAACGAGAAGCCCUCCUCCUCCCCACCCUCAGCGACCGGGUCCUGCCCAGAUGACUGCAACGAUCAGGGUCGCUGUGUCCGCGGUCGCUGCGUGUGCUUCCCUGGCUACACUGGCCCCAGCUGUGGCUGGCCCUCCUGCCCCGAGGACUGCCACGGCCGCGGGCGCUGCGUGCAGGGCGUGUGCGUGUGCCGGGCGGGCUUCUCAGGCAGCGACUGCAGCCUGCGCUCCUGCCCUCGGGGCUGCAGCCAGAGGGGGCGCUGCGAGGACGGGCGCUGCGUGUGCGACCCCGGCUACGCUGGCGAGGACUGUGGGAUGAAAAGCUGCCCUCGAGGUUGCAGCCAGAGGGGGCGCUGCGAGAAUGGGCGCUGCGUGUGCAACCCCGGUUACACCGGCGAGGACUGUGGGGUGAGGAGCUGCCCCCGGGGCUGCAGCCAGAAGGGGCGCUGCGAGGACGGGCGCUGCGUCUGUGACCCCGGCUACGCUGGCGAAGACUGUGGCUCGCGGAGCUGCCCGUGGGACUGCGGCGAGGGCGGACGCUGCGUGGACGGCCGCUGCGUGUGCUGGCCGGGGUACGCGGGCGAGGACUGCGGCACGCGGACGUGCCCGCGCGACUGCCGAGGCCGUGGGCGCUGCGAGGAUGGCGAAUGCAUUUGCGACGCAGGCUACAGCGGGGACGAUUGCGGCGUACGUAGCUGCCCUGGCGACUGCCACCAAAGGGGCCGCUGCGAGGACGGCCGCUGUGUGUGCUGGCCAGGGUACACAGGGCUUGACUGCGGCGCACGCGCCUGCCCGCGAGACUGUCGGGGCCGCGGGCGCUGCGAGAACGGCGUGUGCGUGUGCAAUGCGGGCUACAGCGGCGAGGACUGCGGCGUGCGCAGCUGUCCCGGGGACUGUCGCGGCCGGGGCCGUUGCGAGAGUGGCCGCUGCGUGUGUUGGCCCGGGUAUACAGGACGGGACUGCGGCACGCGCGCCUGCCCUGGCGACUGUCGCGGGCGCGGGCGGUGCGUGGACGGCCGCUGCGUAUGCAAUCCGGGCUUCACAGGCGAGGAUUGCGGGAGUCGUCGGUGCCCUGGGGACUGUCGCAGUCGCGGCCGCUGCGAGGAUGGCGUGUGCGUGUGCGACGCAGGCUACGAGGGCGAGGACUGCGGCGCGCGCAGCUGCCCCGGAGGUUGCCGAGGUCGCGGCCAGUGCCUGGACGGGCGCUGCGUGUGCGACGACGGCUACUCGGGCGAGGACUGCAGCGAGAGGCGGUGCCCGCGCGACUGCAGCCAGCACGGCGUGUGCCAGGACGGUGUGUGUACCUGUUGGGAGGGCUACGCGGGCGAGGACUGCGGCCUCCGUACUUGUCCCUCCAACUGCCACCGACGUGGCCGCUGUGAGGACGGCCGAUGCGUGUGCGACUCAGGCUACACUGGCCCCUCCUGCUCAACCCGCACCUGUCCGGCCGACUGCCGGGGCCGUGGGCGCUGUGUGCAGGGAGUGUGCGUGUGCCAUGCGGGCUACAGCGGCGAGGACUGUGGGCAAGAAGAACCUCCCGCCAGCGCCUGCCCUGGGGGCUGCGGGCCCCGGGAAUUGUGCCGAGCAGGCCAGUGUGUAUGUGUCGAGGGCUUCCGAGGCCCCGACUGCGCCAUCCAGACGUGCCCCGAGGACUGCCGCGGCCGGGGAGAGUGUCGUGAGGGCAGCUGCAUCUGCCAAGAUGGCUAUGCAGGGGAGGAUUGCGGGGAAGAGGUGCCGGGCAUUGAGAGCAUGAGGAUGCACCUCCUGGAGGAGACGACAGUUCGAACAGAGUGGACCCGGGCUCCUGGCCCUGUGGAUGCCUAUGAAAUUCAGUUCAUCCCCACGACAGAGGGAGUGAGCCCCCCCUUCACAGCACGGGUGCCCAGCUCUGCCUCAGUCUAUGACCAGAGAGGAUUGGCCCCUGGUCAGGAGUACCAGGUCACUGUUCGUGCUCUUCGAGGGACUAGCUGGGGCCCUCCUGCCUCCAAGACCAUCACCACCAUGAUCGAUGGCCCCCAGGACCUCCGCGUGGUGGGUGUGACACCAACCACACUGGAACUCAGCUGGCUGCGCCCCCAGGCUGAGGUGGACCGAUUUGUGGUGUCAUACGUUAGUGCUGGCAACCAGAGAGUGCGGCUGGAAGUGCCCCCUGAGGCAGACGGGACGCUGCUAACUGACUUGAUGCCAGGCGUGGAAUAUGUGGUGACUGUCACUGCAGAGCGGGGCCGGGCAGUAAGCUACCCGGCUUCUGUCAGGGCUAACACAGCACCAGGUCACUACAGUUACCCGGAGGUGCGCCCCCCAGCCCCGCCCCCCAGGUCCCGGCCCCGGCCGGCCUCGGCCUCACGGCCUCCGCGCCCUGCUCGGCCCCCUCGGCCCUCACGGCCCUCACGGCCGGCGGAGGAGGGGGAGGAGGAGUCUCGGCCUGGGCCUAGCCUGCCCCUGCCCCCUCGACGGGCGUGGGCCAACCUGACGGCCGAGCUGGGCCGCUUCCGCGGCACGGUGCAGGACCUGGAGCGCCACCUGCGGGCCCACGGCUACCCACUGCGGGCCAACCAGACCUACACGUCGGUGGCGCGCCACAUCCAUGAAUACUUGCAGCGGCGGCGUCUGACGGCUGCAGCCCCCGUCGGCUCCCCCGCACACCAGCCCCGUCGCCCCCACCCCACCGCCAGCCCCGACUCAGGCACCUGGAAGCGGGACUCCAACCAGGGCAUCUACGGCCUCUCACCCGAAGGCGUCGACCGAGUGGCUGCGCCCCGCCACCCCAAGCCCGAGGUGCUGGGCAGUUCCGCUGACGGCGCCCUACUCGUAUCCCUCGAUGGGCUCCGCGGCCACUUCGAGCGCGUGGUGCUGCGCUGGCGGCCCCAGCCGCCCGCAGAGGGCCCCAGCGGGGAGGUGACCGUGCCGGGCACCACGCGCACCGUCAGCCUACCCGAUCUCAGGCCCGGCACCACCUACCACGUGGAGGUCCAUGGGGUGCGGGCAGGGCAGACCUCCAAGUCCUACGCCUUCAUCACCACCACAGGGUCCUCCCCCUCAGGCCUCUUGGGGGCGACUGAUGAGCCUCCUCCCUCCGGCCCUUCAACAACUCAAGGGGUCCGGGCUCCCGUCCUGCAGCAGCGCCCCCAGGAGCUGGCAGAGUUGCGGGUGCUGGGCAAAGACAAGACAGGGCACCUCCGCGUGGCCUGGACCGCCCAGCCUGACACCUUUGCCCACUUCCAGCUGCGCCUGAGCGUGCCCGAAGGGCCGGAAGUUCAUGAGGAACUACUGCCAGGGAAUGUCCGCCAGGCUCUGGUGCCCUCACCCCCUCCUGGAGCCCCCUAUGAGUUGUCACUUCGUGGGGUCCCUCCCGAGGGCGAGCCCUCUGCCCCUCUCAUCUACCAAGGCAUUAUGGACAAGGAUGGGGAGAAGCCUGGGAAGCCAUUGGUCCCACCACGCCUGGGCGAGCUGACAGCGACAGAUGCAACCUCCAGCUCCCUGCUUCUGCACUGGACAGUCCCUGAGGGCGAGUUUGACUCCUUCGUGAUCCAGUACAAGGACAGGGAUGGGCCCCAGGUGGUGCCCGUGGAGGGGCCCCAGCGCUCAGCCCUCAUCACCAACCUGGACCUCGGCCGAAAGUACAAAUUUGUCCUGUAUGGACUCGUGGGCAAGAAGAGGCACGGACCCCUAGUGGCUGAAGCCAAGAUAGUGCCUCAGAGUGAUCCCAGCCCAGCAACUCCACCCCGCCUGGGAAAGCUGUGGGUGACAGAUCCCACACCAGAUUCGAUGCACCUCUCCUGGACUGUCCCUGAGGGCCAGUUUGACUCCUUCGUGGUUCAAUACAGGGACAGGGAUGGACGGCCCCAGGUGGUGCCUGUAGAAGGGCCCGAGCGCUCCAUCACUGUUUCCCACCUGGACCCCGACCACAAGUACAGAUUCAGUCUGUUUGGGAUUGCCAACAAGAAGCGGCAUGGCCCCCUCACGGCUGAUGGCACCACUGCCCCAGAGAAGAGAGAGGAACCGCACCACCCAGAGGCCCCCGAGCAGCCCCUGCUGGGGGAACUGACAGUGACCGACGUCACCUCAGACUCCCUGCGCCUGGCCUGGACCGUGGCCCAGGGUUCCUUCGACUCCUUCAUGGUCCAGUACAAGGAUGCGCAGGGGCAGCCCCAGGCAGUGCCCAUCGAGGGGAAUGAGAAUGAGGUCACCAUCCCUGGUUUGGAGUCCGACCGAAAGUAUAAGAUGAACCUCUACGGGCUUCAUGGCAGGCAGCGUGUGGGGCCUGUGUCUGUGGUGGCCACCACCGCCCCCCAGGAUGUUGCAGAUGAGACCCCCAGCCCCACUGAGGUGGAGGAGGCGCCCAGCUCCACAGAACCCAGCACAGAGGCCCCAGAGCCCCCCGAGGAGCCCCUCCUGGGGGAGCUGACGGUGACAGGAUCUUCCCCAGACUCGCUGAGCCUGUCCUGGACCGUCCCCCAGGGUCACUUUGACUUCUUCACUGUCCAGUACAAGGACAGAGAUGGCCGGCCCCAGGUGGUGCGUGUCGGGGGUGAGGAGAACGAGGUCACCAUUGGGGGCCUGGAGCCAGGGCGCAAGUACAAGAUGAACCUGUAUGGCCUGUACGAGGGACAGCGUGUGGGCCCCAUGUCCACGGUGGGCGUGACCGCUCCACAGCCAGAAGAGACUCCUCCAGCCACAGAGCACCCCAUGGAGCCACGCCUGGGGGAGCUGACAGUGACGGAUGUGACUCCCAACUCUGUGGGCCUCGCAUGGACCGUCCCUGAGGGCCAAUUUGACUCCUUCAUGAUCCAGUACAAGGACAGGGACGGGCAGCCCCAGGUGGUACCUGUGGAUGCAGACCAGCGUGAGGCCACUGUCCCCAGCCUGGAGCCUGCACACAAAUACAAGAUAAACUUCUACGGGCUACAUGGUGGGCAGCGUAUGGGCCCCCUCUCUGUGAUAGCUGUGACGGCUCCCCUCCUGCCAGCCCCAGCCACAGAGUCCCUCCAGGAGCCACGCCUGGGGGAGCUGACAGUGACAGAUGUGACCCAGGACUCCGUGGGCCUCUCGUGGACAGUCCCCGAGGGUGAAUUCGACUCCUUCGUGGUCCAGUACAAGGACAGGGAUGGGCAGCCCCAGGUGGUGCCUGUGGCCGCAGACCAGCGCGAGGUCACCAUCCCUGGCCUGGAGCCCAGUAGGAAAUACAAGUUCCUGCUCUUUGGGAUCCAGGAUGGGAAACGACGCAGCCCAGUCUCUGUGGAGGCAAAGACGGCUGCCCAAGGUGACGCCAGCCCAGGGACCCCACCCCGCCUCGGGGAGCUGUGGGUGACAGACCCCACCCCAGACUCACUGCACCUCUCCUGGACAGUCCCUGAGGGCCACUUUGACUCCUUUGUGGUCCAGUUCAAGGACAGGGAUGGGCCCCGGGUGGUGCCUGUGGAGGGCCAUGAGCGCUCGGUCACCAUCACCCCUCUGGACACCGGCCGCAAGUACAGAUUCCUCCUCUACGGCCUCCUGGGCAAGAGGCGCCACGGCCCCCUCACUGCAGACGGCACCACAGAGACCCGGAGUACUACGGACAAUGCUGGCACAAAGCGUCCCCCAAAACCUCGUCUGGGGGAUGAGCUGCAGGUGACCAGCGUGACACCGGACUCCGUGGGCCUCUCCUGGACAGUCCCCGAGGGCCAGUUUGACUCCUUUGUGGUCCAGUACAAGGACAGGGACGGGAAGCCCCAGGUGGUGCCCGUGGAGGGCAGCCUCAGGGAGGUCAGCAUCUCGGGCCUGGACCCUGGCCGCAGGUACAAGCUGCUGCUCUACGGGCUGCACCAGGGCAAGCGCAUGGGUCCCAUCUCAGCCGUGGCCGUGACCGCCCCCAGGGAAGAAAUUGAAGCUGAGACCAUGGCCCCAAGCCCUCCAGCGUCUGAGCCCCACCUCGGAGAGCUGACCCUGGAGGAGGCCACGCCGCACACCCUGCGUCUAUCCUGGACAGCGAUUCAGGGAGAAUUUGACUCCUUCGAGGUCCAGUACACAGACCAAGAUGGACGACUCCAAGUGGUCAAUUUAGGGGGCGACCAGAAUGACAUCACCCUCUCUGGCCUGGAAUCUGACCACAGAUACCUCGUGAACCUAUACGGUUUCCACGGCCGGCAGCGUGUGGGUCCUGCUCAGAUUGAGGCCCUGACAGUCCCAAGAGAGGAAGAGGAUGAACCUUCAGAACCUCCUACCAUGACCCCCGAGCCUCCCUUCAAGCCGCACCUGGGGGAGCUGGCAGUGACAGACGCCACCCCUGACUCCCUAGGCCUCUCCUGGACAGUCCCCGAGGGCCACUUUGACCACUUCCUGAUCCAGUACAAGAACGGGGACGGGCAGCCCAAGGCAGUGCGAGUGCCGGGGCACGAGGACAGGGUCACCGUCUUGGGCCUGGAGCCAGACCACAAGUACAAGAUGAACCUGUACGGCUUCCAUGAUGGCCAGCGUGUGGGCCCCAUCUCUGUCAUUGGGGUGACAGCUGCAGAGGAAGAGACCCCCAGCCCCACAGUGGUGGAGGAGACCCCCAGCCCCACGGAACCCGGCACAGAGGCCCCAGAGCCUCCUGAGGAGCCUCUCCUGGGGGAGCUGAUGGUGACAGGAUCUUCCCCAGACUCGCUGAGCCUGUCCUGGACUGUCCCCCAGGGCCACUUUGACUUCUUCACCGUUCAGUACAAGGACAGAGAUGGCCGGCCCCAGGUGGUGCGUGUCAGGGGCGAGGAGAGGGAGGUCACCAUUGGGGGCCUGGAGCCGAGGCGCAAGUAUAAGAUGCACCUGUAUGGACUGCACGAGGGGCAGCGCGUGGGCCCCAUGUCCACCGUGGGCAUGACUGCCUCCCUGCCCACAGAGCCCCCAGUGGCACCCCGCCUGGGGGAGCUGGCUGUGGCAGCCGUGACCUCGAACACAGUGCGCCUCUCGUGGACGGUGGCCCAGGGCCCCUUCGACUCCUUCCUGGUCCAGUACAGGGAUGUGCAGGGGCAGCCCCAGGCCGUGCCCGUGGGUGAAGACCUCCGCGAGGUCACCAUCUCUGGUCUGGACCCAGCCCGCAAGUACAGGUUCCUUCUCUUCGGACUCCAGGAUGAGAAACGGCAUGGCCCAGUCUCUGCAGAAGCAAAGACCCUCCCAGACACGAAACCUUCUCCCCGCCUGGGGGAGCUGACAGUGACGGCCACAACACCUGACUCCCUGGACCUCUCAUGGACUGUCUCCGAGGGUGAAUUCGACUCCUUUGUGGUCCAGUACAAGGACAGGGACGGGCAGCCCCAGGUGGUGCCUGUGGCUGCAGACCGGCAUGAGGUCACCAUUCCCGGCCUGGAGCCCAAUAGGAAAUACAAGUUCCUGCUCUACGGGCUGGCAGGCAGGAAGCGGCUGGGCCCCAUCUCUGCUGACGGCACCACAGCUCACCUGGAGAAGGAGCAGCAGCCCCCACCCCGCCUGGGGGAGCUGACGGUGACGGAUGAGACCCCAGACUCCCUGCACCUCUCGUGGACGAUGGCCCAGGGCCCCUUUGACUCCUUCGUGGUUCAGUACAGGGACACAGACGGACAGCCCCGGGCCGUACCUGUGGCCGCAGACCAGCGGGAGGUCACCAUAGAAGGCCUGGAGCCUGGCAGGAAAUACAAGUUUCUGCUGUAUGGGCUCCUGGGAGGGCAGCGCCUGGGCCCCGUCUCUGUCCUGGGAGUGACAGCCCCAGAAGAAGACACGCCAGCCCCCUGGCGCCCUGCCACAGAGGCCCCAGAGCCCCCCAAAGGGCCCCACCUAGGGACGCUGGCAGUGACCAACGGAACCCCAGACUCCCUGCGCCUCUCAUGGAGUGUGACCCAGGGCCCCUUUGACUCCUUCGUGGUCCAGUAUCGGGACACAGACGGGCAGCCCCAGGCCUUGCUCGUGGGUGGCGACCAGAACAAAGUCCUCGUGUCAGGCCUGGAGCCCAGCACCUCCUACAAGUUCUUCCUCUAUGGCCUCCAUGAAGGGAAGCGCCUGGGGCCUGUCUCAGCCGAGGGCACCACAGGGUCAGCUCCUCCUGGUCAGACCCCAGGGGAGCCAGGGCCCCGCCUGUCCCAGCUGUCUGUGACUGACGUGACCACAAGUUCACUGCGGCUCAACUGGGAGGCCCCACCUGGGGCCUUUGACUCCUUCCUGCUCCGCUACGGGGUCCCGUCACCAAGCACUCUGGAGCCGCAUCCGCGUCCCCUGCUGCAGCGGGAGCUGACAGUGCCGGGGACACGGCGCUCAGCCGUGCUCCGGGACCUACGUCCAGGGAUCCUGUACAGCCUUACAUUGUAUGGGCUGCGUGGGCCCCACAAGGCAGACAGCAUCCAGGGCACCGCCCGUACCCUCAGCCCAGUUCUGGAGAGCCCCCGUGACCUUCAAUUCAGCGAAAUUGGGGAGACCUCAGCCAAAGUCAGCUGGACGCCCCCACCGUCCAGAGUGGACAGCUUCAAAGUUUCCUACCAGCUGGCAGAUGGAGGGGAGCCACAGAGCGUGCAGGUGGAUGGCCGAACCCGGACCCAGAGACUCAAGGGGCUGAUCCCAGGGGCUCAGUACGAGGUGACCGUGGUCUCUGUCCGCGGCUUUGAGGAGAGUGAGCCUCUCACAGGCUUCCUCACCACAGUUCCUGACGGCCCCACCCAGCUGCGUGCACUGAACUUGACUGACGGAUCAGCCCUGCUGCACUGGAAGCCCCCCCAGGCCCCUGUGGACACAUAUGACAUCAGAGUCACAGCCCCAAGGGCCCCCCCUCUACAGGCCUCAGCCCCCGGCAGCUCUGUGGACUACUCCUUGCACGACCUUGUGCUCCACACCAACUACACGGCGACCGUGCGUGGCCUUCGGGGCCCCAACCUCACCUCCCCAGCCAGCAUCACCUUCACCACAGGAUUGGAAGCCCCUCGGGACUUGGAAGCCCAGGAAGUGACCCCCCGCACGGCCCUGCUCACUUGGACAGAGCCCCAAGUCCCGCCAACUGGCUACCUGCUCAGCUUCCACACCCCUGGCGGACAGAUCCAGGAGAUCCUGCUCCCAGGAGGCAUCACCUCUCACCAGCUCCGGGGCCUCUUUCCCUCCACCCCCUACAGCGCAUGGCUCCGGGCCAUGUGGGGCGAGAGCCUCACGCCGCCCGUGUCCACCUCUUUCACCACUGGUGGACUGAGAAUCCCUUUCCCCCGGGACUGUGGGGAGGAGAUGCAGAACGGGCCCAGCACCUCGAGAACCACCACCAUCUUCCUCAAUGGCAACCGCGAGCGGCCCCUGAACGUGUUUUGUGACAUGGAGACCGAUGGGGGUGGCUGGCUGGUGUUCCAGCGCCGCAUGGAUGGACAAACGGACUUCUGGAGGGACUGGGAGGACUAUGCCCAUGGUUUUGGGAACAUCUCCGGGGAGUUCUGGCUGGGCAACGAGGCCCUACACAGCCUGACGACAGCCGGGGACUACUCCAUGCGUGUAGACCUGCGGGCUGGGGACGAGGCCGUGUUUGCCCAGUAUGACUCCUUCCGAGUAGACUCAGCCGCUGACUACUACCGCCUCCACCUGGAGGGCUACCAUGGCACCGCAGGGGACUCCAUGAGUUACCACAGCGGCAGUGUCUUUUCCGCUCGUGAUCGAGACCCCAACAACUUGCUCAUCUCCUGUGCCGUCUCUUACCGAGGGGCCUGGUGGUACAGGAACUGCCACUAUGCCAACCUCAACGGGCUCUACGGGAGCACAGUGGACCACCAGGGAGUGAGCUGGUACUACUGGAAGGGCUUCGAUUUCUCCGUGCCCUUCACGGAAAUGAAACUAAGACCAAGAAGCUACAGGCCUCCGGCCCGGGGAGGUUGAGCCUCUGCUCAGCCUCCCGCGCCCCAGUAUGACUGCCGAGCACUGAGGGGUCGCGCUGGGAGAAGAGCCAGGGGCCACCGUCACCACCCACCCACCGGAGGAAGCCUUCUCCACCCGCGAUCUCACAGCACCAUGUUUACAGGGGGGAGGGAAGGGGUUUAUAGGGGAGCAAUAAAAGGAGAAACUGA